AUGGCUCGUUCAGAUGCUCGUUUGAUUAGGUUUGCUGCCGUAGCUGCUGCUGUCCUUUUAACCAUAUUCAUCUUAUCAAAAGGUUCAACGACUACUUAUGUCCCAUCAACAUCAAAUAAUAACAAUCAACAAAGUUCAAAUGCUGCUCCAGUUGAUCCUGCUUUAGCUGCUGCUCAAAAGGAAAAACAAGAAAAAUCUGAAGAAAAAACUAAAGCUAAAACUCCUGCUGUGGGUUCUGGUGGUAAAGUUGCAGCUACAUUUGUUUCAUUAGCUAGAAAUCAAGAUUUAUGGUCUUUAAUCGGUUCAAUUAGAUCAGUUGAAGAUCGUUUCAACAGACAAUUCAAACAUGAUUGGGUUUUCUUAAAUGAUGAACCGUUUACUGAAGAAUUUAAAAGAGUUACUAGUGCUUUAGUUUCAGGUAAUACUAAAUAUGGUUUGAUUCCAAAAGAACAUUGGUCAUUCCCAGAAUGGAUUGAUUUAGAAAAAGCUGCUGCUACAAGAGAAGAAAUGAAGAAAAACAAGAUCAUUUAUGGUGAUUCUAUUUCUUAUAGACAUAUGUGUCGUUAUGAAUCUGGUUUCUUUUAUAGACAUGAAUUAUUACAAGAUUAUGAAUAUUACUGGAGAGUUGAACCUGAUGUUAAAAUUUAUUGUGAUAUUGAUUAUGAUAUUUUCCAAUGGAUGAAAGAUAACAACAAACAAUAUGGUUUUACUAUUUCUUUACAUGAAUAUGCUGCUACUAUCGAAACUUUAUGGCAAGAAACUAGAACUUUCAUCAAAGAACAUCCAGAAUAUUUACCAGCUGAUAACAUGAUGGAUUUCGUUUCUGAUGAUGGUGGUUUCUCUUAUAACUUGUGUCAUUUCUGGUCCAAUUUUGAAAUUGGUAAUUUGAACUUCUGGAGAGGUAAAGCUUAUUCAGACUAUUUCGAACAUUUAGAUAAAGCAGGUGGGUUCUUUUAUGAAAGAUGGGGUGAUGCUCCAGUUCAUUCCAUCGCUGCUGCUUUAUUCUUACCAAGAGACCAAGUCCACUAUUUCCCAGAUGUUGGUUAUUAUCAUGUUCCUUUCCAUAACUGUCCUAUUGAUGAUAAAUUUAGAUUGGAACAUAAAUGUAUGUGUAAUCCAAAAGAUGAUUUCACUUUCAGAGGUUAUUCAUGUGGUCAAAAAUUCCAUACUGUUAACAAAUUGGAAAAGCCUUCCAACUGGCAAGAUUAUUCAUAG